GCAACUGAAGACUACAUUCAUAUCCCUAAUUGCUUCUCCAAACUUGAAGCGAUGGAUUUGGUGGCACCACACGAACAGUUCUUCUCUUUUCACAACUUGCAUAGAGAACUCACAAACUUCAAAGGUAGGGUUUUGGACAAUAAUACCCUUUCUCGCCCUUCUAUUAAUUUUGCAAAACUCAACUGCAUCAUUAAACUUAGAAGAAGAAACCGUUAUAGUAGUAACCGCAUUCUCGCUGUUUCGAACGGUAAAUUGCACCAUUUUGGUGGUGGAAGAUCAGUGGCGCCGCCGAACGGUGAAUCGAACGGAACGGUGGAAGCUUGUAGAACAUUGGAGGAGUUUGAGAACAACCAGUACCUGAGGAAGCUUGUGAGGAACGGGGAAUUAGAUGAAGGACUUAGGUUUCUUGAGCGCAUGGCUUACCAGGGUGAUAUCCCUGAUGUAAUUGCCUGCACCACUUUGAUUCGAGGGUUCUGCCGAGCUCGGAGGACCAAGAAGGCGACGAGGAUCCUCGAGAUACUCGAGGAUUCCGGCGCCGUCCCUGAUGUUAUAACUUACAAUGUGUUGAUUAGUGGUUACUGUAAGUCAGGGGAGAUAGAUAAGGCACUCCAGGUGCUCGAGAGAAUGAGCGUGGCGCCGGAUGUGGUUACUUAUAACACCAUUUUGCGUAGUUUGUGUGAUGGUGGGAAAUUGAAGCAGGCAAUGGAAGUUCUAGAUAGGCAGUUGCAGAGGGAGUGUUAUCCGGAUGUGAUAACUUACACGAUUUUGAUCGAAGCGACUUGUAAAGAAUGUGGCGUUGGCCAGGCGAUGAAAUUGUUGGAUGAGAUGAGGAGCAGAGGAUGCAAACCGGAUGUUGUCACGUUUAAUGUUCUUAUCAAUGGGAUUUGUAAGGAAGGCCGGUUGGACGAGGCGAUUAAGUUCUUGAAUAACAUGCAAUCAUAUGGUUGCCAACCGAAUGUGAUUACUCAUAACAUUAUUUUGCGGAGCAUGUGUAGCACCGGGAGAUGGAUGGAUGCGGAGAGGCUGUUAUCCGACAUGCUUCGCAAGGGUUGCGCCCCUAGUGUUGUUACUUUUAAUAUUUUGAUCAACUUCUUGUGCCGGAAAGGAUUGUUGGGUAGGGCGAUCGAUAUCUUGGAGAAGAUGCCAAAGCACGGUUGUAUUCCGAAUUCCUUGAGUUACAAUCCAUUGCUUCAUGGGUUUUGUAAAGAAAAGAAGAUGGAUAGAGCAAUUCAGUACUUGGAACUAAUGGUGUCUAGGGGUUGUUAUCCUGAUAUAGUGACAUAUAAUACUUUACUCACAGCAUUAUGCAAAGAUGGGAAGGUAGAUGUUGCUGUCGAGAUACUGAAUCAACUUAGUCACAAAGGGUGCUCUCCUGUUUUGAUUACUUACAAUACAGUUAUUGAUGGCCUUUCAAAGGCCGGGAAAACGGAGUUGGCUGUGGAACUCUUGGAAGAGAUGUGCAGAAAAGGUCUUAAACCCGAUAUAAUUACUUACUCUUCACUGCUCGGAGGUCUCAGCCGUGAAGGGAAGGUAGAAGAGGCUAUCAAAAUUUUCCGGGACUUGGAGAGAUUAGGUAUUAGGCCGAAUGCUAUUACUUACAAUUCGGUCAUGUUGGGGCUAUGCAAGGUUCAACAAACUAGUCGCGCUAUCGAUUUUCUGGCUUAUAUGGUAGAGAGAGGAUGCAAACCUACUGAAACUACAUAUACAAUUCUUAUAGAGGGCAUUGCUUAUGAAGGAUUAGCUGACGAAGCUUUGGAGUUGUUGAAUGAGUUGAGUUCCAGAGGAUUGGUUAAGAAAAGUUCGGUUGAAAAGAUUUUGUUAGCCCCUUCAUGUUAGCAAGCUACUUUUGGAUCAAGAUUUUGAGGAGGGACUGGUUGAGGGUGUAGUGAAAUGCAUCUCAAUUUUGUGUAGAGGUAAUUUUAAUUAUGUAAUUCAAUCCAAACAUAGCUAUGUCAGAUUAUAUUUUUA